GGAAAAGUUCAAAUUUCAAUAUCAACGAAAGAGUAUAGAUGACAAAGAUGGGUUGGAAGCGACAUGUAUGGCUGAAGGUGUUUAUCCUCAGCCAAUUCUCGAUAUUUCAGUCAAGGAUCUUCCAGAGAAACAAACUUCAAGACCCACAGUAACACUUCGUGAAGAUGGAUUGUAUAACAUCUUAUCACGAGUAGAUUUGCUAGACGAGGAACUACCAGAAGCUGCAGAACUUAGAUGUACUCUCGACAUCCCGAGAGCAAACUACACCGUGUCUCGAAAAUCCAUAUACUAUUCCAGAACGGCUACUACUACUUCAUCUGUUACAACGAUUCCGCAGCAUAAAAUGGAUAUCCAGGACCUAUACAGCUCCGGUAAUGGUGGUGGCAACUUCGUCGACUGCACAUCGAUCAAUGUUAUCCUGUUACUGAUACAUUCGGCUAUUCUUAUUCUGUUUAUUUAAUAAUGCAAUCGAUAGGUAAGUUUAAAUCGACAUUGGACUCAAUACUUCGACUUCCAGGAAAUAACGAUAUUCCAAAUUUUGUAAUUUAUUUGCUCAUCUAAACCGCGCUCUAAAAUAUUUUAUU